AUGGAACAAGAUAGCCAACGAUGUGCAGUUUACGACCAUGUACUCGUGCACCACAUGACGACACAACGAAUCCGAUUUCUCCAAGAUUGUACGGAGAAACUAAGCUUCAAAUGGGGGAUCAAGAUGACAGACGGGUUGGUCAACGACAAGACCAUGACGGAGGGAUGUUGUAAGAACAUUUUGAUGAUUUGAAGAGAAUGUCAUCAUGAAUGAUUGAUGAAUCUCAUCUUCUCCACUUAUGAGCUAAAGAAUAUUGGAUAUGAGGUGAUUUCAAGGAGCAAGGUGACUUGGGACCAAUGUGUUCAGACCACUGCUUCUCGGAUGGCUCCUCUGGCUUUUGAGGCUUGA